CUUCCGAAAGUUUUUUUUCCUUUUUUUUUCUUUUUUUCUUCAUGCGCUUUUCAACCACUCGUGUGCUAACCCGGUUUGCGGCUUUUCACAUUCACCCCUCCACUCAUUUUUCCCUCCCGAACUCGGCUUCCCAUUGAUUCAUCCUGCUCUCGAAUCAUUCACCAGAGAUACCCAUCGGGAGGUCCCCUUUUUGCAAUUGAGCAUUUAUUUCUCCAAGCGCCGUCUUGGACCAGUUCAUCCUUCGAGCUCUCCCAAACUCUCACUUUGGAAAACCCGUCUGCCCCUCCAUCGGAACCCCUCCAAGGAGAGAAAAAAAAGAAGAAGAAAAAGAACACAGACCAGUUGAUUUUACCCCUCCACCCCACUCACUCUCUCACUCACACUCACAUUCACACUCACACUCUCACUCACAUACACGCUGUGCAACACACACUCGACGCACUCGACCACAAUGGCCACCGCCAGCGUCACCUCCGUCGGCCUCACCGGCCUCAAGAAGAUCGGCCAGGGCAAGGUCCGCGACGUCUUCGAGGUCGACGACAAGACCCUCCUCUUCGUCGCCUCCGACCGCGUCUCGGCCUUUGACGUCGUCAUGAAGAACGGCAUCCCCGACAAGGGCGCCAUCCUCACCCACGCUUCCGCCCACUGGUUCAAGGUCCUCUCGGACCGCGUCCCCGGCCUCAAGACCCACUUCCUCACUCUGGACCCCCCGGCCGGCCUGCCCGCCGCCGACGCCGCCCUCAUCAAGAACCGCUCGAUGCAGGUCCGUCGGCUCAAGGUCAUCCCCCUGGAAGCCAUCGUCCGCGGCUACAUCACCGGCUCCGCCUGGAGCGAGUACAAGGCCAAGGGCACGGUACACGGCAUCCGGGUGCCCGAGGGCAUGCAGCAGUCGCAGGCCUUCGAGACGCCGCUGUACACGCCCAGCACCAAGGCCGAGCAGGGCGAGCACGACGAGAACAUCCACCCGGACGAGGCGGCGCGGAUCGUCGGCGACGCGGCGCUCGCGCGGCGCGUCGAGGAGCUGGCCCUGGCGCUGUACUCGGCGGCGCGCGACUACGCGCGCGAGCGCGGCAUCAUCCUCGCCGACACCAAGUUCGAGUUCGGCGUCGACCCGGACACGGGCGACGUCGUCCUCGUCGACGAGGUGCUGACCCCCGACAGCAGCCGGUACUGGCCCGCCGACGGCUACGCCGUCGGCCGCGACCAGGAGAGCUUCGACAAGCAGUUCAUCCGCAACUGGCUCGUCGAGCACGCCCUCAAGGGCAAGGAGGGCGUCGAGCUGCCCGAGGACGUGUGCCGCGCCACGGCGGACAAGUACAAGGACGUGUUCGUCAAGCUCGUGGGCAAGAGCUUCGACGAGGUCAUCGCGCAGUCGUGAGAGAUUGGGGAGGGUAGAAGCAUGCGGUUUAGGAACGGUGGUUUUUUUUUUUUUUUUUUUCCGGGGGGGUUUUAUUUUUUUUCCAUGUCAGAGGCUUGAUGCUGGCUGCUCGCCUUGCGAUGUGUUUAGUACGGAAGAAUGAGAAACAAAA